CCAACAUGGCGCCCUGUUCUCUCCAUUUCCAUCCCUCCGCCUUCCGGACUUGUACGCUUUGGUUCCGCUAAUUAGACUAAGAGAGUGGGGCCCCACACUAUGUGACCCGGCAUAGGCCCGGGAUGCUGUUACUUGGCUACGGCCACUUUCAGGAUAUGGACAGCCAGGCUCUUGUCAUCCGCAUACGAAUCCCCGAAGGGGGUGCUGUGGACUGGACUGUGCAGCCUGCUACACAGUUACUAUUCCGUGAUAUCCUGGACGUGAUUGGUCAAGUUCUUCCAGAUGCAACAACUACAGCAUUUGAGUAUGAAGAUGAAGAUGGUGACCGCAUCACAGUGAGGAGUGAUGAGGAGAUGAAGGCCAUGCUAUCAUUUUAUUGCAGCAUGGUCCUGGAACAGCAGGGUAGGGGCCUUUUGGUUGAGCCACUACAGAUCUACCCAAGGGCCUGCAAGCCUCCCGGGAAGCGGAACAUACAUGGCCUCAAGGUAAAUACCAGAGCAGGAACCUCCAGCAAUAGCAGCCCCUGUGUGUCUGACAAUCUAACCAGUAACAGUCUAAAGAAGUCCUCUGCAGAAUUGAAGAAAAUCUUGGCCAAUGGACAGAUUAAUGAGCUUGACAUCCAGUACCGGGAUAUUCUGGGACAUGGAAACGGAGGUACUGUUUAUAAAGCAUAUCAUAUCCCAAGUGGGAAGAUCCUUGCUGUGAAGGUCAUUCCGUUGGAUAUCACUGUGGAACUGCAGAGACAGAUUAUGUCGGAGCUGGAGAUCCUGUACAAGUGUGACUCUCUGUAUAUAAUUGGGUUUUACGGAGCAUUUUUUGUGGAAAAUCGGAUAUCCAUCUGUACAGAGUUUAUGGAUGGUGGUUCUCUGGAUGUGUACAGAAGGAUUCCAGAGCAGGUCCUUGGAAGAAUCGCUGUUGCUGUGUUGAAGGGCCUGACAUACCUGUGGAGUUUAAAGAUUUUACACCGAGAUGUUAAACCCUCAAACAUGCUAGUGAACACCAGAGGACAGGUGAAGCUUUGUGAUUUUGGAGUGAGCACACAGCUGGUUAAUUCAAUAGCUAAAACCUACGUAGGAACAAACGCUUACAUGGCGCCAGAGCGCAUUGCUGGAGAGCAGUACGGAAUUCACUCUGAUGUGUGGAGUUUAGGAAUCUCAUUCAUGGAGCUGGCACUGGGAAGUUUCCCCUAUCCUAAGAUUCAGAAAAAUCAUGGAUCUUUAAUGCCGCUCCAGAUAUUGCAAUGCAUUGUUGAUGAGGACUCUCCAGUACUUCCGGCAGGGGAAUUCUCAGAGCCUUUUGUACACUUCAUCACUCAGUGUAUGAGGAAACCACCAAAGGAGAGACCAGCACCAGAGGAGUUAAUGGGCCACCCAUUCAUUGUUCAGUUUAAUGAUGGGAACACAGAAGCAGUAUCCAUGUGGGUAUGUCGGGCGUUGGAAGAAAGGAGGGUGCAAGGUGGGCAAGAAUGAACUGGUAUCACAGGGGCAAAAUAACCUUGGCAUCACCAUACACACUUCUUUGGGACAUUCAUAUAAUGAUUUUUUUGGCCCUGGAGCAGCCAUCCGUGGUUCAAGGAAGAGGUGUGGAAUGUGGCAACCUGGCAGUGGAUCAUAGUAUCCCUUGUGUGAAUUUCCACUUCACAAGGAGCCUCUAACCAAAGAGAAAUCUACAGUACAAUAAUGACCUGGAAGAAGACAAACGUUACUCCCUCUGCUUUCUGAAUGCAUUACAAAGAGAAUAUGGACUUCAUAACCCCCCCCCCCCAUACAUUCAGAGAGUCUCACAAGGAAGAGGGCUGCAAGUGACAAAACUAAUGGGUAUAUACUAGACUUGUCACUGAGGCUUUAGAAGUCAUUCUCUUGGAUUUAACAGCUGUGGGAUGAGGAUAUCCAGGUGAAUAAGGACCAACAACUAAUGGACUUGUCACUGAGGCCUUAGAAGUCAUUCUCUUGGAUUUAACAGCUGUGGGAUGAGGAUAUCCAGGUGAAUAAGGACCAACACCUAAUGGACUUGUCACUGAGGCCUUAGAAGUCAUUCUCUUGGAUUUAACAGCUGUGGGAUGAGGAUAUCCAGGUGAAUAAGGACCAACAACUAAUGGACUUGUCACUGAGGCCUUAGAAGUCAUUCUCUUGGAUUUAACAGCUGUGGGAUGAGGAUAUCCAGGUGAAUAAGGACCAACAACUAAUGGACUUGUCACUGAGGCCUUAGAAGUCAUUCUCUUGGAUUUAACAGCUGUGGGAUGAGGAUAUCCAGGUGAAUAAGGACCAACACCUAAUGGACUUGUCACUGAGGCCUUAGAAGUCAUUCUCUUGGAUUUAACAGCUGUGGGAUGAGGAUAUCCAGGUGAAUAAGGACCAACAACUAAUGGACUUGUCACUGAGGCCUUAGAAGUCAUUCUCUUGGAUUUAACAGCUGUGGGAUGAGGAUAUCCAGGUGAAUAAGGACCAACACCUAAUGGACUUGUCACUGAGGCCUUAGAAGUAAUUCUCUUGGAUUUAACAGCUGUGGGAUGAGGAUAUCCAGGUGAAUAAGGACCAACAACUAAUGGACUUGUCACUGAGGCCUUAGAAGUCAUUCUCUUGGAUUUAACAGCUAUGGGAUGAGGAUAUCCAGGUGAAUAAGGACCAACACCUAAUGGACGGUCUCCUUUUUCACACUCUGCUGCAAGUUAAGUCUCAAGUAAUGUUUUUCCAAGUUACAAAAUGUGUUGUUUUUAUGAUUUUGCUUGCACAGAUAAGUCCAUUAUGCUUCCAUUGUAUUAAUAAACAUUUUUAUAUGAA